CGCUGCCAUGGUUACCGUGGUGUUAAUCCUACAAACUAUCUUGUAUCAAUAUGCGCUCCUAUAUAGAUAACUCAAUUAUGUAAUCGUCAAUAAAUUCAAACCAACAACUCUGUCAAAUCAUUAGAAAAAAAACACACACAAUAAAACAUCUAUCUUCAUGUACAACAACAUAUUGUAUAAUGUCUGACUGUUUUUUUACCAGCACACUACCAGAUUAUGUUCUUGACCGGAAAAUUAUUAUCAACAAUAAUCAUGUUCAUUAUGUUAAUGGUUAUAAACUUGUCAAAGCAAGUGAAUUAUUCAAACGUCAAUUAAUUAAAUUACGUCGACGAGAACUGGCAUGCUAUCAACAUCGACGUAAAAUUCUAGCUGUAUCAAAAUAUCGUCUAUGUAGAGCUAAAAUAAAAAAUUUAUCUUAUCCAAAAUGUCAACCUCUACUACUUAAUUAUCCUGAUAUACCUGCAUUAGAAUGUCUUCUAUCAUUUAUACAUUGUGAUGAAGAAACACGUAACACUAUGCUUAGUGAUUAUAUUCAACCAACAACAAUUAAUUCAUUAUUAGAAGUCGGAUUAUAUUUUCAAACAUUCGAUUUCAUCAAUCAAUGUCUUCAUAUAGUAAAAACUAAAAUCAAUGUAAAAAAUUGUUGGAAUUUUUGGAAAGCUUCUGAACAACUCCUGAGUGAACUACCAGAAUAUCAGCUGAUUACACUACGUUAUCUGCUCGCUAAUUUCAUUGAAGCUGGUCAAACUGAAGAAUUUUUAAAUUUAAAUAUCAUAGAAUUAAAAAAAUUACUUAAAGAAGAUUCACUGAAUAGUCCUAGUGAAAAAUAUUUAUUUAAUCUUAUUGAGAAAUGGAUAAAUCAUAAAAAAUCCGAAAGAGAAUCAUAUAUCACGGAUUUAUUAAAAUGUUUACGAUUAGGUAAAUUAUCUAAUGAAGAACUAGAUUACUUAUCUAAACAUUCCUUAAUACAAACAAUGUGGAACACAUGUAGUCAUAUUAUAUUGAUGGCACGUAUUUCUUCUAAUGGAAAGUUAACAUCUUACUUUAAAAAUUUAUUAAAUAAUACACGACUAAGCGAUGAAGCAGAACUUUAUAUCUAUUUACAUAAACCACGUCUACCACAUAGUGCAAUAUUUGUGAUUGGUGGAUGGGAAGGCAAUCAAGAGGAUCCAAAUUUUGGUCCAUCCAAAUUAAUUCAAGUUUAUAAUUCACGUGCUGAUACAUGGCGUCGUAUUAUUGCUGAUAAUUUAAUACCAACUGAAGGACAUGCAUAUUCUGGUUGUAUAUUACAUAAUACCAACAUUUAUAUUAUUGGUGGUUAUGUCGCUAGUCGACCAACACAAACAUUAAAAUCAUUUGAAUUAAUUACUCUUACAUGGAAAUUAUUAUCACCAAUGCAUGAAAAACGUAAUUAUGUAUGUACAUGUAGUUUAGAUAAUUAUAUUUAUGCUAUCGGUGGACAUAAUGGUCGUACACGUCUAAGCUCGGUGGAACGUUAUGAUAUUGAACAGAAUCAAUGGAGUUUCAUUGCACCAAUGCAUCAAAUACGUAGUGAUGCUGGUGCAUAUUCAUUCUCGGGUUGUAUUUAUGUUGUCGGCGGUUUUGAUGGUCAUCAUUUUUAUAAUUCAGUAGAAAUGUAUAAUCCACGUACAGAUCAAUGGACUAUGGUUGCAUCAAUGCAUAAUAUACGUAGCGGUGUUGGUGUUAUAGUAUGCGGUCAUUAUUUAUAUGCUAUCGGUGGUAAUGAUGGUCUACAACGACUACGUACUGUAGAACGUUAUAAUGCCGAUGAAAAUCGUUGGCAAAUUAUGCCAUCAAUGUUAAAUCAACGAAGUAAUUUUUGUGUUACAACAUUAGAUGAUAUGAUUUACGUGAUUGGUGGUUGGAGUGAUGUAACUAAUUCAACUAUUGCAUCAGUGGAACGUUGGUCACCAAGUGUAUCAAAUCAUUGGGAAUCAGUGAAAGAUUUACAUUUGCCAGCAAGUGCAAGUUGUUGUUGUUGUGUGAAUGGCAUUGAUUUAUUAUCGAAAUUCAUUUAAAAUAAAAAAAUUGUUAUGCUUUGAUUUUUUUUUUUUGUACUUUGUACUUUGAUCAGUUUCUACUUGACGACAUCUUGAAUGAGAUGCUCGAUCAUUUUAAUCUUUUUUUUUGAUUACUACUAGUAGUACUUCUACUACCUCUACUACUGUGAUGGUCUGUCUGUCUGUCUGUCUCUAGCUCUCUAUUUCAUCAUAAAUUCAACUCUCAUAUAAUUAUUUACCAUUCACUUAAUUAAUCUUGAUAUUUCAGAGUGCAAAAAUGACUUUUUCAAUGUAUCAAACAUUCGGAACAUUUCGUAUAUUCAUCACUUUCUACUUGUUGUACAUAUUGGUGAUCUGUCUCAUGUAAAUGCAACUCUUAUAUAAUUUACAAAAUGACAUGAUUCAGAGUGCAAAAAUGACUUUUUAAAUAUAUCAAACAUUCGGAACAUUUCGUGCAUUGAAUCAAUUGAAAAUUGAACCAAGUUAGUUAGUUAGUCAUAAACUUUAUACCUCAAGAGAAUCAUAUUUUCCUAUGUCAAUCGUAAUAUUCCUUCCUUAUAUUAAUCAUUGGUUGUAAUGUUAUGAUGAUCAUUUCUUAACAUCUUUAACUUUAUUAUUUAUUCAGCGGUGAUAGUAUAUAUAUCACAAGUUAACCGAAUAAUGUACUUGUGACAUAAGAGCAAUUUAUCAAUGUUUAACAG